GUGUUUUUCUCUCGCAGUACAGUCGAGUCGGCUGACGGGAAAAGACGAGCCCCGAUCGAGAAAAAGCAGCCACCUCACCAAUAACCGCUUCAAUUACCAGUGCAGACAUGGCGCAGCACACAGUGUUUGUGACGGGCGGCGCCGGCUACAUCGGCAGCCACUGCAUCGUGUCCCUGUUGGAGGCCGGCUACGACGUCGUCGCCAUCGACAACUUCGUCAACAGCGUCAGCGAACGUGGCAACGAUGGCCAGCCGAGGGCACCUGCCCUCGAAAGGGUCAAGCAGAUCACGGGCAAAGACGUGACCUUUGUGCAAUGCGACCUGCUCGACAUCGACGAUUUGAGAAACGUCUUCAAAAUGAAAAAAAUUCACAGCGUGAUCCACUUUGCGGCUAUCAAAGCGGUCGGCGAGAGCAUGUUGCAGCCGUUCCUUUACUACCGCAACAAUAUGAUGGGUGCCAUCAACUUGCUCGAGGUGAUGAAAGAAAAUGGUUGCUACAACCUGGUGUUCUCCAGCUCGUGCACCGUUUACGGCAGUCCCGAAUUCUUGCCCAUCACCGAGGAACACCCCACUGGCAAGGUGACCAACGUGUAUGGAAGAACCAAAUUCUUUGUCGAAGAAAUGCUCAAGGAUGUGUCUGUCGCAGAAAAGCAAUGGAACAUCAUCAUGCUGCGCUACUUCAACCCUGUGGGCGCCCACCCUUCGGGCAUCAUUGGCGAAGACCCGACCAAACCGUUCACCAACCUCAUGCCCUACAUUGCUCAGGUCGCAAUUGGAGGAAGAGACAAGUUGACGAUAUUUGGAGACGACUACAAAACUGACGACGGAACUGGUGUUCGUGACUACAUUCAUAUUAUGGAUCUGGCCAGCGGUCACGUUGCUGCUUUGAAAAAGCUACAGCAGGAGCAUUCGGGUAUCAAGAUCUACAAUUUGGGCACCGGCGAGGGCGUGUCAGUUAUGCGUCUGGUGAAGACCUUUGAAAAGGUGACUGGCACUAAGGUGCCAUUUGAGAUUCUGCAGCGCAGACAGGGAGAUAUUGACGCGAUAUACGCGAGGUGUGAACUAGCGGAAAAGGAGCUCAACUGGAAAGCCAAGUACAGUCUUGAGCAGAUGUGUGAGGACUUCUGGCGCUGGCAGACAAUGAACCCGGACGGAUACAGGUCAAGCAACAUCAUCAGCAAUAAAACUAGCAAUGGAGAGUCCAAUGUGGCCAGUUCAGUGCAGGCCACAAAUGGUACCAAUGGCGUGCACGCGUAAACGAAUCCGAUUGGAAUUUGCUUCCAAGUGGCCAGUCGACGGAUCAACUUUUUUUAUAUUUUUCAUGCUUUCUGUGUUUUUUCCUUCUCUUGACUCUCAGUGUUGACUUAAUAAAGUG